UCUUCUUCUUCUUCUCUCUCUCUCACACACACACACACGAAUGUGACUGUAGAGUGAAGAGAAGAGGCGAUUGUUGCUUGGAAAACCAACCUAGAAAUGGCAAUGGCGACGAUUAUUGCUGUCGUCACUUGUAUAUAUAUUUGUCUCCACUUCAACCUCUCGUAUUCCUCUCCUCGUCUACUUACCGGAGUCCACCCUUUAGACGAGAAUUACUACGACGCGGCGGUGAUCAAAUGCAAAGAUGGAUCGAGAUCAUUCACCAGUGACCGCCUCAACGACAAUUUUUGCGAUUGCGCCGACGGCACCGAUGAACCUGGAACUCCGGCAUGUCCUUCGGGAAGAUUCUACUGCAGAAACACGGGAAGUACACCAAGAUUUUUGUUUUCUUCUCGCGUGAACGAUCACAUAUGUGAUUGCUGCGACGGAAGUGACGAAUACGACGGAAACGUCUUUUGUCCCAACACUUGUAUCAUGGGUGGGGGUAUUGUAUAUCAGAGAACAAAUUAUGACUCCUCAGUCACAAGUUUAAGAAAAAAUAAAUCCGGGAUUAAGAUCGAUGACUCAGCACCGAAACUCAAAGGAUUGAAGGCCUUGGUGUUUCUCCAAGCGGCUCUUGUUAUUAUUGUCGUUUCUUUCCUGCUAUUUCGCAGGCGUAAGAUCAGGAGAAGAAGUUCCCGAUGAGAAAUUUUGUAUUCUGUAAUGCUUAUUUGAUCGUGUACAUUUCAUUCCCGGAAAAAAAAAAGUAAAAAACACGACCAUCUUACUGUUGUGUAUAUUCGUUUUCCACGAAACUGAUCCUUACAAGAAAUCGGAGACGAUGGUCGUUUAAGGACACUCUUAACUGAAACAGGUUUCAUUACUUUUUAAUUGC